GAGUGAGCGAAAGCAGAAUAAGAACAAGAAGGAGAAAGAACCUCCAAAAGCUGGAAAAAGUGGCAAAAGUGGAAAAGAAGGACAAGAUAAUCCUGAACAUGAAGUGUCCAACAAGAAGGCAAACAGCACUCCCCCACCAGCUCAGGUAUCGAAAAUUAAGGUACCAACGCCACAGACGGUGAUAAAGAAAGAGAAGCGACAGAGUUCCUCCAGAUUCAACGUGAGCAAUAACCGGGAACUGCAGAAGCUGCCGGCUCUCAAAGAUGUGCCCCCGGCCGAGCAGGAAAAGUUGUUUGUCCAAAAGCUGCGGCAGUGUUGCGUCUUAUUCGACUUUGUAUCAGACCCCUUAAGCGAUCUGAAAUGGAAGGAAGUAAAGAGGGCGGCUCUGAGCGAGAUGGUAGAAUACAUCACGCACAACCGCAAUGUCAUCACGGAACCCAUCUACCCGGAGGUGGUUCAUGUGUUUGCAGUGAACAUGUUUCGGACAUUACCACCAUCCUCCAACCCCACCGGAGCCGAGUUUGACCCAGAGGAAGAUGAACCGACGUUAGAAGCAGCAUGGCCACAUCUACAGCUUGUAUAUGAAUUUUUCCUGCGAUUUUUGGAGUCUCCGGAUUUUCAACCCAACGUAGCGAAGAAAUAUAUUGAUCAGAAGUUUGUUCUUCAGUUGUUGGAGCUCUUCGACAGUGAAGACCCCAGAGAGAGAGAUUUCCUGAAAACGACUCUGCACCGAAUCUACGGCAAAUUUUUAGGCCUUCGAGCUUACAUAAGGAAACAAAUCAAUAAUAUAUUUUAUAGGUUUAUUUAUGAAACGGAACACCACAACGGCAUAGCGGAGCUUUUGGAAAUCCUGGGAAGCAUAAUUAACGGGUUUGCCUUACCGUUAAAGGAAGAGCACAAAAUAUUCUUGCUCAAGGUGUUAUUACCAUUACACAAAGUCAAGUCACUCAGUGUCUACCAUCCACAGCUGGCGUAUUGUGUAGUUCAGUUUUUAGAGAAGGACAGCACACUUACUGAACCGGUGGUUAUGGCGCUGCUCAAGUAUUGGCCGAAGACUCACAGUCCAAAGGAAGUCAUGUUUUUAAAUGAGCUAGAGGAAAUUUUAGACGUCAUAGAACCUUCGGAAUUUGUAAAAGUCAUGGAGCCGCUCUUCCGACAGCUAGCCAAGUGUGUGUCCAGCCCGCACUUCCAGGUGGCGGAAAGAGCUUUAUAUUAUUGGAAUAACGAAUACAUCAUGAGCUUAAUCAGCGAUAACGCAGCUAAAAUCCUACCCAUUAUGUUCCCAUCGUUGUACCGGAACUCCAAGACACAUUGGAACAAGACUAUACACGGAUUGAUAUACAACGCGUUGAAGCUGUUUAUGGAAAUGAACCAAAAACUAUUCGAUGACUGCACCCAACAGUUUAAAGCAGAGAAACAAAAGGAGAAGCUAAAGCUGAAAGAGAGAGAAGAAGCUUGGGUUAAAAUAGAAAACCUAGCCAAAUCCAACCCCCAGCAUCCCGUGCACACUGACACAUCUCCUCUAAACAGUCCUGUUGAGAUGGAAACAGAUGGGCCCUUACUUGAAGAUGUACAGAUGCUGAAAAAGACAGUGAGGGAAGAGGCAUCUCAGGCUCUAAGAGAAUUAAAGAAGGACCGACCUCUCGUACGACGCAAGUCAGAAUUGCCUCAGGACAUCUAUACCAUGAAAGCCUUGGAAUCUCAUUGCCGAGCUGACGAAUUAAUAACCCACGACGGGCAUUAGACUAUGACAAUUCAAUCAUACUUUGUGGAUUUUUUUUUCCCUCUCCCUCCCCCUCCCCCCCUCUCUUCUCCAGAAGCAGUUACAGAG